AUGGCAACUAUAGCUCUUUGCACUAAUGUCCCUGGCAGUUACUCGUGCACUUGCCCAACUGAUUAUCAUGGAGAUGGCAAGAAAGAUGGAACUGGGUGCAUACGUGGCAAGCAUCCACAUUUGCUAUCAUUGGUACUUUCUCUAGGUGUGGGGAUUACUGUUGUUCCCUUUAUCCUAAUUGCUACAAGCUUAAGGUUAUACCGAGGACUUGAGAAAAGAGAGAAAAAGAAAAUAAAACAGAAGUUCUUCAAGAAGAAUGGAGGUCUGCUAUUGCAACAGCAAAUUUCUUCUAGCAAGGAAAGUGUAGAAAAAACAAAACUCUAUUCGGUAGAAGAGUUGGAGAAAGCAACAGAUGGUUUCAAUUUAAGUCGAAUCAUUGGUAAGGGAGGCCUCGGCACAGUAUACAAAGGUAUGUUAUCAGAUGGAAGCAUUGUAGCCAUUAAGAAAUCCAAUACGGUUGAUGAGAAGCAGUUAGACCAGUUCAUUAAUGAAGUUUUGAUUCUUUCACAGAUCAACCAUAGGCACAUAGUAAAACUAUUAGGUUGUUGUCUGGAGACUGAAGUACCUUUGCUGGUUUAUGAAUAUGUCUCUAAUGGCCCCCUCUCCCACCAUCUUCAUGAUGAGGGUCAUGUACAUAGAAUAUCUUGGAAAAAUCGGCUGCGAAUUGCAAGUGAAAUUGCUGGAGCCCUUGCUUAUUUGCACUCGCAUGCUUCUACAGCCAUCUGUCAUAGAGAUAUCAAGUCUAGCAACAUAUUGUUGGAUGAAAACCUCCGGGCUGUACUUUCUGACUUUGGACUCUCAAGGUCAAUACCCCUUGACAAAACUCAUUUAACUGCAUUGGUACAAGGGACAUUUGGUUACUUGGAUCCUGAUUAUUUUCAUUCAGGUCAAUUGACUGAUAAAAGUGAUGUUUAUGCCUUUGGUGUAGUCCUUGCUGAACUUCUGACAGGAGAAAAAGCGAUUUCCUUUGAUAGAUUUGAACAAGGUCUAGCAAGUCAUUUUAGAUCAGCAAUGAAACAAAAUCAUCUGUUUGAUAUUCUUGAUAACCAAGUUGUAAAUGAAGGACAGAAGGAUGAUAUUUUUGCUGUUGCAAAGCUUACUAAGAGAUGCCUAAAGUUGAAUGGGAAAAAAAGGCCAACCAUGAAACAAGUUGAAAUAGACCUCCAACAAUUGGGCAGAUUUCAGGAGCAGUUUUCUUGUCAGAAGUCAAUGAUUCAAGAGGAUUUUUCACAACAGCAAACAUGCCAGGACGACUGCACGGUAAGUGAAAGAUCCCAUUCCUACACAUUUGGUCCAGCUACAGAAGAGAUCGUUCAAGAUAUUGAGGUCUUGUUUUCGUAAGGAAUACAGUAUGGCAGCUUGAAGCUUCAGUUGAAUAUUAGGUGGUUUUUGCAACUGAUAUGGGUCAGAUGUUGGAAGGUUAAACUUUAUUUACAAAGGUUGUAAAAUUAUAAUUAGAUUUAGUCACUAAAAGUUAAGAAGAAUAUUUUAUUUUUAAUGGGUUGCUUUAGUUUCUAUAUUUGUGGAGUAGGU